UCUAAGAUGUUUCCCUGGUCAGCUGUGUUCUCUUUGGAGUCCAAGGUUCCCGGCCAGCGCUCAGCUGAAGAGCUGGUGACGAACACCCUGAUGCUGGAGCUGGGAGCCAUGGUGAAGCGCACUGAGCGGAUCCGCCUGGAGAGAGCGACAGAGGGCCGGCGGCACCGCCAGAGCUCCUCGUCCAGCGCCGACUACAGCUGGCUGGCAACUCCUCAGAACCCCCCGCCUUAUGAGCUGACCCCCAAUGACCUGCUGGAGCUGCAGGACUUAUGUGCCAAGAUCCCACCUCCUCAGUGUGGCCCUGUGAUUGUCAGGUUCAGGAGGCUGGUGACGCAGAUGGAGCCGGAAGUGCAUGAAGUGCCCCGUCUGUUUCGCACGGUGCUGCGCAACUGUGUCGAGGAGCAGAAUGGCGACGAUGACGUGGGAGCGCAGCCCUCCGUCUUCCAGAAGCAGCAGCGCAGCAAGAGCCUCUCCUUCGUCACAUUCCGCUCCAAGUUCUGCACCAGCCACUUCUUCAAGGGAGGCAAGCUGGGAGGGUCCAGGAGCAACCUGCAACAGCAGAUUGAGUGGUCCGAGGAUGAGGAAGAGGAUGAGGAUGGGGAGGAGGAGCAGGAGGCGGCCUGCAAGGCCAGAGUGGCCAGGAGGGGCAGGAGCAGGAGCAUGCCGGAGAUCACCCCCAUUGAGCAGAGUGCACAGGGUUGA